AUGAGCUCGGGAAGAGCUCUGAGAGAUACGAACGAACUGGCCAUAGUCAUACUCUUGGGAAUUAUACGUGAAUAUAAAUAUAUCCAGGGCAACGGGUCAAACACACUUCAAAACUUCAAGCUUCAAGGCUUGUCUUCCAAGUUCCAACCGCUCAAGCACUCACAUCUCAUCGCUGCCCUCCCACUCGGACCUUCCCGAGUCAAUCUUCUCCCAUUCCAUACCUUGACGGAUGAUGAAAAGAACUCUUCCGUCUCCUACUCCUUUGAUCACUGUCGCAGGCGCAACGCUUUACGGUGUUUCUAG